UACACGGCGGAAGGUCUCAGACGGAAGCCGGACGUGAAGCCUGACAAACGUAAUCUGUGAAGAAUCUUCAUCUGUCAAAAUCAUUCCCGAGCGACAAAUCGGUUCGCAUCGAUCGAACGUUGAUCGCAGAAAUUGGAAAAGGACGAUGACAAUUGAUUGAGGACACCUUUGAGAAAUCACACGUCUCUUCGAAGAUUAUGAUAUAAGGAGAUAGAAAGAGAGAGAGAGACGAGGAUCAGGAUCAUCCGAUACGCGCACACACGAGAAUGACAACUUACGCGGCCUUCCAGCAAUACGAUCUCCUGGACUCCGAGGGCUACGGAUCGGCCAGUAGCCCGGAAUCGAAUCCGCGUGGCAAUUGGCACCACCAGGAGAUCUAUCCGCAGCCGCCAAGAUCCAGGGGCAGCAGCUGCGGCAGCGUCAGCUCCGUAGACAGUCAUCACCAGCAAGAGUAUCAAGAGAUCGGUAACGCUCCACCAAAUGGCAGCCUCCACGUGACCGCUGGCUUCAACUUCGGCGACUUCUACGAGGGCUACUAUCAGGAGGGCGGCUGUCGGAACGAGCACCAAUCGACGAUGAACGUAAACGGCGCCAGGAACGUCAAGGAUCAUCAUCAUGCCAAGAUGGCCUACAGGAUGAACGAGCAGUGCGCGUCUUACGACGACGCAGGCUCCAGGAUGAUUUUCAACGAAGGCACGAAACAGGAAUCGGCGGGAUACAUUCAAAAACUCGACCACCAUCCGGUCGGAAUGUUCGCGAAUUCCAGAACCGACUUUGGCCAGAGUCAGGAGUCUAUGUACGCCGCGAAGAAUUACGUGAAAAACGGUAUCUAUCAUCCGCGGAACGAGAGUCAUUCCUACACUCCGCGAACCGAUGUCCUUUACCUAGGCGCAGCUUAUAACGUGCCGAGGAACGAAGCCAACCUGGCGAACGGUCAGCCGAGCAAAUGCGAUCAGUCGAGGCAUCAUCAGAGAAACGACGGUCACCACCACGUUCUGCCGGCGGAAUACCAAGGACAGAAAUCCAAGGAGGUGGUGGCGCAGAAGAUGAAGAACAGCACGCCCGGCAUCGAGGUGCUGAGGAAGAGGAGACUGGCGGCGAACGCUAGGGAGAGAAGGAGGAUGAACAGUCUGAACGACGCUUUUGACAGACUGCGGGACGUUGUGCCCAGUCUGGGCAAUGACAGGAAGCUCAGCAAGUUCGAGACGCUGCAAAUGGCGCAAACUUAUAUCGCCGCACUCUACGAGCUGCUGCAGCGCGAAUAAACGCGAAUUCUCUCCUUGGAAAGGAGAUCGAGGGUAUUGGUCACCGUUCAUGAUAUUCUUAAAGGAAUAUUGAAUCUGGAGCUUGGAAGCCUCACGAGAUAAAAUUCACGUUUACA